UGCCAGUUUUGAUAUACCCUGACUCCCCUUGGAUGGGGCUCCUGAUUGAUUGCCCAGUGGCUCAUGCAGUCAAGGGGAUAUUUGCCUGACCAUACUCCUUCAUUUGCUGUUGUGCCUGGUCAUUUUCUACACAGUUUAUUACAUGAUUGGAAGCGUUUGUCAUGGAGCAUUCAGGCUGGACACAUUUGAUGGACUCAUCCCCUUUGAAUUUAAAACAGAGCCUUCUUAUUCCAACCCCAAAUAUCUCGUGAGUUUGCUGUCCAUGGAGCUGACAUACUUCACCAGCAGCCUUCUCUUUGCUGCACUGCUGAAGCGAUGGGUCUGGGACUACGCCAUCACUGUCACAUUGAUCCAUGUAAUACUGACCUCUCUUGGUGAGUUUGAGUCAGGUGGAUUCCAAACAUGGCACUUUAUUUGAAAGUAUAGGCAACUGACCCUUUCUAUUUUGUAGCUGUAUGAAAGCAGGAUAAGAUUUUAUCAUUUCUCAUGCACUAAGCAACUCCAAAUAUAUGGACUUCAGACU